CCGCGUCCUGAAGGCAGCGGAAUGCUAUCACCCAGAAGGAACGUAGUGGACCAGUUGGUAGUCUAGAAAACUCAGUUUGACCGCAUUGUGAGGACUGGAUGAGGGCAGGGAAACAAGGCAGGGAGGUCAGGCAGGAGGCUCCUGCAGCUGUCGGAGAGAUAAUGAACCAACAUAGAGGUAGCUGUGCGGGACAGGCAGAUGUAAACAGGUUACCCAGCUGGGAGAGAGGACACCUGCUGGCUGGCGUGGCGUCUAGCACUGAUACAUCUACCUUCUCCGAAGGUGAAUUCAAGGACCUGGAGCGGUGCUGCCGGAAGCAUAAGCAGUGCACCGGGCACAUCAUCCACCCCUUUGCCUCCGACUGCGGCCACUGCAGCCUGCACCUGCACUCUAUCACCCACUGCAACUGUGACUCCAGGCUGAAGGACUGCUCCGAGAAGACCACCAGCAGCGGCUCCCGAGGCGCGGGCCCAACCUGCUCCCGAGAUGUGGGCUCCACAUGUGUCAACAUCAUCCAGUCCCCUUGCUUUGAGCUCAUCCCAGAGGAAGAGUGUGUGCAGCGGUUCUGGUACGGCUGGUGCAAAAGCUACAGGCCCGUCUCCGUGGCAGUGAUCCACCAUCCCAUCCACCAUGACUGUGGGGCAGACGACCUGAAUGAAGAGGAGGAGGAGGAGGAGGAGGAGGAGGAAGAGAGCAAGCCUCCCAUCCCGACCCGGGUGGGGCCCUCCACCAAACCCGCCGAUGCAGGCAAGGGCGCAGUCGCAGGUACCCAGGACUCGGCAGCUCCCAUCACUAUCUGGCGCUCGGAGAGCCCCACAGGGAAGUCCCAGGGCAACAAGGUGAUCAAGAAGGUAAAGAAGAAAAAAGAGAAAGAGAAAGACAAGGAGGAGGAGAUAGAUGAGAAGGCGAAGCUGAAGAAAAAAGCCAAGGGCAAACUGGUUAAGAAGAAAAGCCCGGUUAAAUCAGAAUCUUCACCUCCAGACUUGACCCGAUCAAUAAGCCCAAGAGAGUUGACCAGGAUGUCAUAGUCGAGCCCAGACAGCCGGGAAGACCUGGAGAGUGAGGACAGUUACAAUGACCUCGGGCGGGAGGAACCCUCCAGCGAGGAUAUUGUGGAUUCUUCGUUGCCCAAGAAGAGAGAGAACAUGGCCCAGGCUAAGAAACCCAGGGCGAAGGCCUCGCCAAUCAAGAAGGUCAAGAGGAAAUCUCCCCCAGCAUCAAACCCCAAUCUCAGUUGAGGCCAGGGCAUCCAGGGUGAAGAAUAAACGAGAUCAAGCCUGUAGCUGACCCCCUGCUGCUAUUCUCUCUCCCUCCAACCUGUCACUUCUGUGGGGAGGGUGUGGGCUCUGGACACGGCUGGAGCCAAGGGGCUGGGGGGGAGCUGCAGGGGUUUCUGAAGGGCAAUCCAUCUUUCAGGAGGCAGUCCAUGGGAAGGCAGGAGGGAGGGCAGGGGAGGGGCACAGCCUGCUUCUCUGUAACAUCCUAGGCUCAGGGCAAGAGAGGAGCACAGCUGGGUGCAGUGGGAAGGAGGCGUCCCAUCUCCUGGGAGACCGGUCUGUGUGAAAUCCACUCGGGGACAGGCAGUACUGUCUGCAGUGAUACCCCUAAUAAACUGAACCUUUUAACCCA